AUGAACAUCACAAACAGUACCCUGGAGCAGGAGCGAUGUGCGGGCCACAGUGGGAUACCCAAUCUGCCUUAUCCGUAUUACUGCGCCACUACUAUCUGGCAGCAAGGACUUAAUCGGACACAAGAUCCUUACGGUUAUUUAGUAAAGUGCUGCAAAAGCAAUCAGUACAGCUACUGCGGCGAGGAUAACUGUUCCGCUUACUGCAAUGCGACCAAGGAAACCCAGUCGACUCUGUUGGAGUGUCUUACGAUGGGUAGCCAUCUCGAGUCGGUUGGUUGUAGCUCGGGGAAGACGUCUGGAUCUACGUCGAGCUCAAUGCCCAGCUUGAAAUCUUAUCUUGUUUUGGCUGUGCUAGGUAGCAACUUGCAAACAUCUUCAGUCGAAAAUUGGAACCAGUUGAUGGGGGAUUAUGUGAUCACUGUCCAGGUGUCACUGACUGACCGUUAG